GCUCGCCUCGUCCGCCAUCUUGAAGUAGGGCGGCGGGUGAGGGAGCAGGGCCCCGGAAAAGGAAGCGCGGGGCGGCGGUGCCACUUGGCCGCUGAGCAGCCGUGGGCCCGUGGCGCUGGGUGUGCUCCCCGCGGCCCAGCCCUGCAGGCAGCCGGCCCGCUGCAACCCCUGCCCGCUGCAACCCCUGCCCGCUGCCUCAGCCCAGGGCCGCUCCUAUCCCGUAUCCCGGCCCGAUCGACCGCGCUGCUGUCGGCGGCACAGAGGCCCCGGGCCCGCGGGGCUGAGGCUGGGGACAGGCAGCCAUGGCCGGGAGCCCCUCGUGGGACCUCGGCGUGUGCACGGGCUGAGGCGUGAGGGCCGAGCUGGGGCGGGCGUUGUUGAAUUUCAAUUGAAGGAAGCGGAUAGAGAGCGGCGACAUGGAUGAUUUCCACUCCAUCUGCCUGCUGUCCCUGGCCAUGCUGGUCGCCUGCUACGUGGCGGGGAUUAUUCCUCUGGCCGUGAACUUCUCGGAGGAGAGAUUAAAGUUGGUGACUGUUCUGGGUGCCGGGCUGCUGUGUGGAACUGCCUUGGCUGUCAUUGUGCCAGAAGGAGUACAUGCACUUUAUGAAGACAUUUUGGAGGGGAAGCAUCACCCAGCAAGUGAGAUGCAGCAUGUGAUGGAGUCUGAGAAGGUCGCCGAAAUUGCUGUUGUACAUGAGUAUGGCCAUGACCAUUCCAGGUUGCACGCAUACAUUGGUGUUUCACUUGUCCUUGGCUUUGUCUUCAUGCUUCUGGUUGACCAGAUAGGCAGCUCUCAUGUACACUCAACAGAUGAUCCAGAAGCUGCAAGAUCAGGCAAUUCCAAAAUCACCACAACGCUGGGAUUAGUGGUCCAUGCUGCAGCUGAUGGUGUUGCAUUGGGUGCAGCAGCUUCUACUUCUCAGACCGGUGUCCAGUUGAUUGUGUUUGUUGCAAUUAUGCUGCACAAGGCACCAGCUGCCUUUGGCCUGGUUUCCUUCCUGAUGCAUGCUGGGCUGGAACGGAAUCGAAUUAGAAAACACUUGCUGGUCUUUGCAUUGGCAGCACCUGUUAUGUCCAUGGUGACAUACUUAGGGCUAAGUAAGAGCAGCAAAGAGGCCCUUUCAGAAGUCAAUGCCACUGGAGUGGCUAUGCUUUUUUCUGCUGGGACCUUUCUUUACGUUGCCACAGUUCAUGUCCUCCCAGAAGUAGGAGGAAUCGCGCAUAGCCACAGACCUGAAUCAACCGGAGGAAAAGGACUCAACCGUCUGGAGGUGGCAGCCCUGGUUUUAGGAUGCCUUAUUCCUCUAGUUUUGUCCAUUGGACACCAUCACUAAAAGCUCAAAUUUCACCGGUCUUCUCCUUGAUCUGACAUGAGCAGUAAAUGUCAGCUGCUCCCUUUCUCAUUGUCUGUCUUAUCCAUCAUCCAUCCCAUCUACUUCAUGGAGUUCAGAGGGAACCUUGAUUGCAAAAUGAGGAAUACUGGGAAAAUUUUUAGUAUAGCAAAAGGUACUUUGGCAGCCGGACAUAAAUUCUGUGAAACUUUUCUGAAGACAUUUGCUAUUUUAGUUGUUACUUAUGGCCCUAUUCUCAGGGAAGAUGGAAUUUGGAGUUUAAGAAAGGUGAGUGGGGAAGAACGUAGUGACUCAUCGUGAAAUCGGAAUCACCAAAGCAUCCUGCAAUUGAGCUUUCACAGCUGAGAAGAUUAACAAAGAACGGCUGCCUUUUGAGAGAUUGAAGUCUUACUAAUGAAGAAGGGGACUCUCCCCCCACUGAAUCCAUGUCGUCUUGACAAUGCAAAUGGUUCUUGUAAUGUUCAUCAUUAAUUGUAUUACAGGAGUGGGCUACACUCAGAGCUCUGGACAACGGUGCUGUUGUAACAGGUGUCAUUGAUAGGAAAGAAGUGCUAUAGAAGUGUAAUGUUAGAGUAGGAAAUCAACAGGCUACGAAAAAACAAAUUUUUCAGUGUAUUCAAUUGAUUAGGAUAAAAAAUAGAAGCAAGGAGAGCGUCACUUUGAUUGUUCGUACAGUUGUUAAUAAGUUUGAAACAGGCAAUAUUUUCUUCUGCCAUGUAAAGUAUAGGCACCAAAAACGUUAGCAGGUAUUAGGAAUUUGGUUCUGUGAUUACACUCCUGCUACUUGUGAGAGAGAUCCAUGUUGUCCUUUGAAAUCCAGCUCUUCUGGACUCUGAGGAGUAGAAAUCUGAUGGAAAUAACUGAUGAGGGACCACAGAACUUUACCAGCUCACUUUCAAGAGUCUGAACCACUGACAUCAGUGGGGGCAUGUGUUGUUUUCUUUUUGUUGUUUUUCUCCAUUCAAUAAAAUAUACUAAGGCUAACAUAAUAAGAUCUAUAGGUAAAUAUGUUACGAUAGAGCGCAAAGUGUUUCUGAAGCAGUUCUAAACAAACAAAAAGAACAACCAGACAAGCAAAACCUGGUGGGUUUUCAGUGGCCCUGUUUGGCAUUUUGCUUUUCCUUUGGGAAUCUCACAUUCACCUCUUACUGAUGCUCAUUAGUCUGGUGAAACUACUCGAGGACUUCUUGCCAACUGCUGAUGCCUCUCAGUGCAAAUGGGUGCUAAAAGAUCAUCCCUUUCCAAGGCACGGCAUUUUUGGUUUGUUUUUGUCAGGCACCUUUCAUCUUAUGCAAAUUAUAUUCUUCAAUAACUGUAGUGCGUUGAAAAGUCAGGAAUGCACGAUGUGCACAGACUCGAUGCUUUAGGGGCAAACUUUUUAAUGCUGUACCCUUUUUAAGCUGUAUUUUUCUGCACUUUUUAAAGAUAACAUUGCCAAAUAGUUUUUUUUUAUAUGGAUUUUCAAGGCUUGAAAUAUUUCUCCUGAAGUGCUUAUUGUUUCAGUUUGAAUGGCCGUGUCUCUUUCAUGCCAUUUAUUACUUAUACUACACAGGCCAUCGUGCCUCUUAACUUAUGUUUUGUCAUUUUCCUAAUUGUCUACCAGGUCAGUAAUGAUAAUGUCCUGGCUCUUGGGGUAGUGGUUGCUCUAUCUGUUGGCUUUGUAACAACCGAAGUGUGUUUGUACCUGGUGAUUAUCUCCUUGAGUACUUUAUUCAUUUGUGUGUUUUGCAGGGGGUUAAUUGGAAAAUAGUGCAAAAUAAGUAGAACUUACCUUCUUCCACAAGACAUUAUUCUUUAGAUAGACUUGAUUUAUCAGGCCUGAACAAGCAUUUCUGACAUUAGACCUUCAAAAGUUAAUUUUUUGCUGAUUUACAACUGUGAAAUUAGUGGUGUGGAUGAAGUCUUGAAACAUUUUUUACAACAUACAUAUUGUCAGAUAGUGACUUACAAGUAAGUUACCUGUUAAAAAGUUCAGUGACAGGCUGCUGCGUAUGAUGUGAAUGGUAACACAGGGAUAUUUACACCAGAAUUCCCAGUGUUUUUCCUUAUUUCCCCUUCAUUACCUUCUUCCUUUAUGAUCUCACUAUUUUACCUUACUCAGUUCUUCCACAUAACCAAACUGUUUCCAGAAGCUGGAGAGCUUCAAGAUCUGUAACAAAUCAGAGUCAGUGAGUCAUGGACUAUUGGCCAGGGUAUAGCAGUAGGUGAGAGAUGUUAUAUUAAAACACCGAUGACUUAAAAUUGGCACAAGGAAGUCUGAUAACAUAGUUUUCAGUUUGGCACUCAAGUGAUAUGAGACCAUUGUGAUUGUUUUCAUAUCUGUCUAGAAGUAGCAGAUAUUUUCUUUUUGCUGCCUCCGUUGUUUCUUGAGUUGAACUGUUAUGUCUGAUAACAGCUGAAGCUGCGGUGACUGAGGAAACUUCUGGUUAUGUCAUAGGGAGAAUAUAAGAUCAUAAAUGACUGAACCUUUUCAAGCUGUUCCACAUAGACGAUUAUUUUCUUGCAGCAGAGUAUUUUAAUGAGUUAAUGAAGUACCAUAUUUUAUCAUUUCCCCAUUCUUACCUAUCUUCCCAUCUGUCACAGUAAAUCAGUACUGCACGUAGUCAAGGCCAUCUGGUAUCAUUUUCUACUCCUCAGGGGACCUCGGUGCAAGCAAAUUCCUCUUCACUCUCUCUGUAAUGGCCAUGUCUGCUUGUGUUUACACUAUGAGGUAGGUGGCAGUAGGUCUAGCAGAUAGCACUAACCAAGUGCCAGGCAUUUCCCCCCUUUUAUCUGUAAAUCCCUCCAGGAAAUUGAUCAUCUUCUCAUUAACUGGCUUUGGGGUUGUUUUUUCUGUGUGUGUGUUUUUUGUUUUUCUUUUCCCAGUUAAUGAUUUCUUAAUGGGCAGUAGAAACUGAAGGUAAAGCUGUGCUUCUCUUCAUCUCAGUGCAUUCGGGUACUUUCCAUACUGUUGUAAUUAUUCUGUUGUUCACGUUAUUUAAAAAAAGGGAAAUAGGUUUUUCAGCACCUGAUGGUGGGUGCUGAAGCUGCUCUGUCAUCAGCUUGUGUGAGGGUGUCACACCAAGACAGGAGCUUUUGCUAAUGAUUCCCUGUGAUGUCAAAUGGCCAGGAGCUGAAUGCAAAAACCUGCUGUUAAUUCUGACUUCAAAGAACCAUUUCCAGCUGGAUUGUGUUAGAAAAAGUUUAAGGAGACCCAGGAAAACUACCGUGUUUAUCCAGGAGCUGGUUCAGAGCCUUCUUUUGACAGUAGCAGAGGUGUCGGUGUGGUUAGCAGCUUCAUGCAGAGUAACAGAUGCUGUGGAAUUAAUGCAGCUGCUGCUCUUCCUGUUCUGUGCUGUUUGCUGUGGGACUUCGGGGGUGGAGGACAUGAUUAUUAUGGGGUGGGAGGAGAAGUGGUUGUGUUGUGGUGGGAAGGUUGGAGUUUCAGGUUCCUGUUCACUUCAGACUUCUUUAAAAAAUAGAAAUCAAUUAUUUUUUUCUCUAAUUUCCUUCCAUCUCUUAGCAGCCUUGGCUUUCCAGGGCAGAACAUGGCGUGCUCAUUUACCUGACUCCUUGUAUGGAACUGUAAUUUUAAUGUCUCAUUUUCCCAACCAUUUGUACACAAAAUCAUUCCAUGAAUGGCUGCCUUAUAAUUUUUCCACUUUAAUUGUGAAUGGUUAUAAAAUAAUGUUGCGGUUUUCAAUUUGUUUUAUUAUAUUAAAUUUUUACUAGGUGCAGUG